UUUCCUUGCAGGAAAAAUCCUUUAGAUAACGACUUUGUCGUGAUUUUGAGUCCUUUUUUUUUUAACAUAGCCUGGAAGCAGGUGUGGGUAAAAAAAGAAAAAAAAUUCUUUAAAUGAAGCAUUAGAGGUCUGAGUAACGAAACGUUUCAGUUCUUCAAGUCAAGCGAACCUCUUUGGGAGAAUAUGUCUCGCGUUGCAUUCUUGGAACAGUAUUAUCCCGCGGCGAGUGAAUCGAUCGACAACUCUUCCAGCUUUAACGAAACUACGAAAGAAACGACAAAUUUGAAUACAGCUGAACGAAACAGUAAGGCCGUGUUCUACUGUUGCUUGUUCCUUCUCGGCUCCUUAGGAAAUGCAAUGGUCAUUCUGGUAUUGAAAAGAAAGCGAAAACGAACCAUUAAUGAUUAUUUCGUUUUAAACUUAGCAGUAGCAGACUUAACUUUCCUGUGGCUUUCGCUUCCUUUCUAUACGUACGACCUUUUUCAGCCGUUUAACAAGAAUUUAUUGUACUGUAAACUAAUUUGGCCAAUGAUGUCGGUUACUUUAUCAGUCAGUGUUUUCACCUUAAUGUCCAUGGCAGUCGAACGGUGUCGAGGAAUCACAAACCCUUUGCAACCGCGGAUCAAGCUGCAAGCCACAUUGAUAUGGAUUUUCCUUAUCUGGAUCUUUGCCUUUGUCACGAUUGUUCCGUUGAUGAUCGUGGCGCGGUCGGACGGUGUGUUAUGUGCAGAAAAUUGGCCGAAGAACUACUAUCGUCAAGCUUACACUGUAGUCUUAUGCAUUCUUCAAUAUGGCAUCCCUUUGUUUGUAAUCGUCAUAGCAUACCUGAGAAUCGCUUUUUGUCUUAUCAGGUCUCGGUUACCGAUGCUGACAACGAUCAAUGCUAAAGGCGAGGUAAUCAGGCACAAAACGAGAAGCGAAAAUGUCCAGAUAAUCCGGACACUGGCUGUUAUUGUGAUUUUGUUCAUGGCCUGCAUGCUUCCCAAUCAAAUCGCCUGGUUGUUGUUUGACUUUGGCGGUGACUCGUACAAGGAGCUGUCCGACGCAUUUUGGACCUGCGCAGAAGCGCUAAUAUACCUACACGCAUGCGUGAACUCGAUUGUAUACGGUUCUCUUACUCGACAGUUUCGUCGAGGAUACGUCCGAUUCUUCCGACACAUUUUCUGCUUCGGUAAAACCAACGUCGAUUACUCAACUGGUGUUACAGAAAAUCACACAGGAGACAAACAUUUGCGACCAAAGCGAAAAGCUGGCGUACUUUAUGGCUCUCUUAAAUUCAGAAAAAUCAGUGAAAACACUAGAACGACACGCUUGAUAGUGAAUUCCUCUCCGAUUAUGUCCACAAGUGAAGAAAGUAUCAAUCAGUUAGCAAGCCCCUCGCCUGGCUCUUCCCCAGUCCCUGGUUCAGCCGGCAUAGAGAUGUUAUUAAGAAGAACUCAGGCGAAGGAAACUCUGUUGAAAUUGGCCUUUACUAACCUGGGUAUGGACACGUCUGAUGACGAUAGUUGCCAGGAAACUAAACUGUAACCCGUUUAGCUUUGACUCUAAGCGAAUUUUCCUAUCUGUACGAGUUACAAUUAAUGCAUUUAUAGAUGUCUUUCAAAAAGGUUGCGGUUUCUUUGAAAAGGCAAGCAAUUCAGAGAGUUUCUUAUCUACAUGGAUGAGGUCUUUGAAUAAUUAACUCGUGGAAAACAAACAAUUUGAGUGGAGUUACGCCAUGCCUUGAUAUCCUCGGAACGUUGAUCAAGAGAGAUCUGAGAGCCUACAAAGACCCCUUUCUUUUAAUCAAUGGUAGUACUAAUUAACUGCACCGCCGCUUUUUAAAAUGUCAAAUAUAGAGAUACAGUUAUUAGAAACGGGAAUAUAGUUUUUUUUGCUCUCACUUUUCAGUGAAGGGCACGGAAAGAUAUUUUUGAUGAAACACGCC